AUGACGAGUGCUCUCUUCCUAGCUUCUGCUUUAGCUUUUCUUGCACUUUCAGCCAUUAAUUUCGCUCAAGCAAGGACUUUACCAGAUAGAUUUGGCCUCAAAGUUGCAACAGCAAUAGCUAGCCGACGACCUCCAUAUCUGGUACGUUCGUCAAAAUCCAAGGAAUCGACAAACAAUUAUGAGAAGUACUUGACUUCGCCACCACCAACGCCUGGUUAUGAUCAAGGGACCAUGAGCUCACCCCCGGAGCCUGCACAACCGAAAGGCCAGCUUGAGAUUGAUUCUCCAUGCAGUACUGAAGAGAGUCCAUGCUUUAGUAAUAGUUGCAUAUCUAUGAUAACUGAUUCUGGGAGGCCUAUAUCAGCAUACUCACCUCCAAAGCCUGCAACUCCUAUAGUGCCAGUAUUCCAUCCAAAUUCACCUCCAAGGAAAUGCCUAGUUUCAGCUAGAGUACCGGAUGAUCUCUUGAUACUUGAGCAAGUUGAGUCUCGAUACAGCACUGAAGAGAGUCCAUGCAUUAGUGAUGCUUGCAUAUCUAUGAUAACAGAGACUGGGAGGCCUAUAUCAGCAUACUCACCUCCAAAGCCUGCAACUCCUAUUGUGCCAGUACUGGAUCCAAAAUCACCUCCAAGGCAAUAUAUACAUAGUUCUAGCUAG